GGCCGGGGUGGGUCCCCACGCGCUGGGCCCCUGGGCGGGGGACAGGUGGGGUCUCCGCUGGGCGCCGCAAGGGCUCUGCCUUCUACGGGGAAUCUCCGCUCGGGCUCCGGCCAGGAGAGGCGGCUCCGGUGGGGCAGGCGGGCUCCACCCCCGGGCCGGCCGCGCGCCCGCGCCUCCCAGUUCCCGGAGCCCGAGUAGGGACUCGAGGUGGUGGCGGCGGCGGCUCCGCUCCCAGCUGGGCGUCUGGGCGCGGGGCCAGGACGGGAGGGGAGCGGCGGCGGCGCUGGGCGGCGGAUAGCGCGGAGGGCGGCGGCCUGGACCCGCCGAGCCAUGGCGGCCCCGGAGCCGGUGCCGAGGCGGGGCCGGGAGCGGGAGCGGGAGGACGAGAGUGAGGACGAGAGCGACAUCCUGGAAGAGAGCCCGUGCGGCCGCUGGCAGAAGCGGCGGGAGCAGGUGAACCAGGGGAACAUGCCCGGCGUCCAGAGCACCUUCCUGGCCAUGGACACGGAGGAGGGGGUGGAGGUGGUGUGGAACGAGCUGCACUUCGCUGACAGGAAGGCCUUUUCGGCCCACGAGGAGAAGAUCCAGCUCAUGUUUGAGCAGCUGGCGCUGGUGGACCACCCCAACAUUGUCAAGCUGCACAAGUACUGGCUGGACGCCUCGGAGGCCCGAGCACGGGUCAUCUUCAUCACGGAGUACGUGUCAUCGGGCAGCCUCAAGCAGUUCCUCAAAAAGACCAAGAAGAACCACAAGGCCAUGAACGCCAGGGCCUGGAAGCGCUGGUGCACGCAGAUCCUGUCGGCGCUCAGCUUUCUGCACGCCUGCAGUCCCCCCAUCAUCCACGGGAACCUGACCAGCGACACCAUCUUCAUACAGCACAACGGCCUCAUCAAGAUCGGCUCUGUGUGGCACCGGAUCUUCUCCAAUGCGCUCCCAGACGAUCUUAGAAGCCCCAUCCGUGUUGAGCGGGAGGAACCUCGGAACCUGCACUUCUUCCCGCCAGAGUACGGAGAAGUUGCCGAUGGCACUGCCGUGGACAUCUUCUCUUUUGGGAUGUGUGCGCUGGAGAUGGCUGUGCUGGAGAUCCAGGCCAACGGGGACACCCGGGUCACAGAGGAGGCCAUCGCUCGCGCCAGGCAUUCUCUGAGUGACCCCAACAUGCGGGAGUUCAUCCUCUCCUGCCUGGCCCGGGACCCUGCCCGCCGGCCCUCCGCUCACAGCCUCCUCUUCCACCGUGUGCUGUUUGAGGUGCACUCGCUGAAGCUCCUGGCCGCUCACUGCUUCAUCCAGCACCAGUACCUCAUGCCUGAGAACGUGGUGGAGGAAAAGACCAAGGCGACGGACCCGCACACGGUCCUGGCAGAGAUCCCCCGGCCGCCCCGGCCCCCGUUGCAGUGGAGGUACUCAGAGGUCUCCUGCUUGGAGCUUGACAAGUUCCUGGAGGAUGUCAGAAAUGGGAUCUACCCACUGAUGAACUUUGCUGCUGCUCGGCCCCUGGGGCUGCCCCGUGUGCUGGCCCCACCCCCCGAGGAAGUCCCAAAGGCCAAGACCCCGACGCCAGAACCCUUUGACUCAGAGACCAGAAAGGUGAUCCAGAUGCAGUGUAACCUGGAGAGAAGCGAGGACCAGGCGCGCUGGCAUUGCCCAGGACCUGGCCGCCGAGCUGGUGCACUAUGGCUUCGUCCACGAGGACGAUCGGCCGAAGCUGGCCGCCUUCCUAGACAGCACCUUCCUCAAGUACCGCGGAGCUCAGCUGUGACCUUGAUCCCACCUCAGCGCUCCAGCUCUCCAGCUCCCCAGCUCCCCGGAACCAGACCUGGUGGCUCCUGUGGGGAAGCUCGGCAUUGGCCCCCGGCGUCUGGGUGGGGGACCAGGGGCCCCCUCUGCCUGUGUGCCUGCUAGUGAGGAACCUCCCCCUUCCACAGCUCCCAGCAACCCUGCAGUGGGGCUGAGGGUGGUGGGGCAGGCCCGUCAGGGGUGAGGGAGCCAGGGCUGGGGCUGGGGGGCUGGUUAGCCCCACAUGUCCUUAGGAUCAGGAUGCCCCCAUCGGCCAGCUUCCACAGCUCAGCAUCCCUCCCGCACCCUUCAUUUCCACCCCCGAUGCCGUCUGGUCACGAGAGGCUGCCCUGCAGGGAAACGCGGCACAGUGCUGGGGGGCUGAGGGGUGGGGGUCGGCCCUGGACAGAUGUGUGCCCAGGGAAGCGCUCCAUUCCAAGUUGCUACCGCAGAGCCACACGAGGAGCCGGAAUCGCCGCCUUAAGCCCAUGGUAAAGCACCUGCAGGUGUCAGGCGUGGUGCUGGGCACUGGGCAGGGCCACGGCCCUGCAGCUCCAUGUGGCUCUCACACCCCACCCCCCGGCCAGUGCAGACCCUCCAAAGGGCUAUUUUCUGUCCUUGUUCCCUGGCCUCGAGUGGUCAGGGUCAGGCACCCUCCGUGCUCCUCCCAAGCUCACCACUCCUCCUGCUACCUCUCUUACCUCCGCCUGUGGCAGGCAGCUGCCUUCCUGGGUCCUAAGGCUACCAGCCCAGCUCCCUGUCUCCCCCACCGCUACCCCCCAUAACCCUAGCCUCCAUUCACUUGGACCACCUCCCUUCAUUUUCAAAUGUAGUUGAUCACUCUUAAAGAUUUUAAAGUGCAUGUAUAAACUGAGCACAUUCAGGUUUCUAAGCAUUUCAAAUGUCAAACAAGAAAAGCUCACCACCGUGUUAGUUCUCUGUUGCUGCUGUCAGGGUUUACCACGAACUCAGUGGCUUAAACCAGCACACUUAGAUAGUUCUGUAGCUCAGAAGUCUGGCACAGAUCCCACCAGACUAAAAUCAAGGUGUUAGGAAGACUGCGUGUCUUUCUGGAGGUUCUAGGGCAGAACCCAUUUCCUGCUCCUUCAGGUUGCUGGCCUGCAGGUGCCAGGUGCGGCGCUGGGCACAGGGCAGGGAUUCAUUUCCUCGCAGUGAUGGGGCCGAGGUCCCCACUUCCUUGCCUGCUGUAAACUGAAGGCCACUCUUAGCUUCUAGAGGCAGCCACCUCCAUUGGCUCACGGCCCCGUCCUCUGUCUUCAAAGUCGGCAACAUCGGGUGGAGUCUGUCUCAUGAAACUGUGUGUCUGGUUUUCUGCACCAGGAAGGUUUCGUGUGGCUAGGUUGAGUCCGCCCGGAUAAUCCAGGAUGAUCUCCUCAUCUCAAGGUCCUUAAUCUUAAUCACAUGUGCAAAAUACCUUUCACCAAGUAAAGUAAUAUUCACAGGUUCUGGGGGUUGGGACACUGACAUCUUUGCAAGGGGCAGGGGGCGGGUGUCAUUAUCCCACCUACCACAUCACCCUAGCCAAAACCCUAAACCAAAACACCUUACCAAGAUGUAUCAAAUGAAAUAAAUGCACCAAUACGGUGAAUCUCAAGUUAUCUUAAACAUUCCAAUACUCUUUACAAAAUUAUUCAAGUUCUCACACCUUUCAAUUUAAAAUUACAUUCUAAAAUAACUUACACAUCUAGUUGGAAACGCUGAUGCUGUCUGAUUCUGCGUCAUCUUAAAACAGUUUGAGUGUCCAAUGCAUAACAGAUUGUACCAGUGAUUAAACUGAACUCAAAAGGAUCAAUACUAUCAUUGCUUCGUUCAAUGCCUAUGUUGAUGUUUUCAUUUUAACUUUUAUCUUUUCGAAGUUAUAUACACAUUAUUUUAAAAGUGGAAUUUUCUUAGGCCAAUAAUAAAUAAAUAAUAAAUACUGUCUCUAACCCUGA